AUGUCUAUAAUUACUCAAUUAAUUGAGGGUUAUGUUUCUGAAGAAAAUGUUAAUAUUAUUAAAGCUUCAGGAAGUGUUACUUUAAUAGAAAAUAAUGGUAAAAUUUUAUUAUUUGACUGUGGUGAUCCAUGGAAUGAAGAAGAUUUAAAAGAAUCAUUAUUUAAAAAAAGAUGUUUAGGAAUUAGUAACAUAACAGAUAUUAUAAUAUCUCAUUGGCAUAUUGAUCACAUUGGAAAUAUAGGUCUUUUUGAAAGUAACAAAUUACGAAAAUCUAUAGAAGAAUUUGAUGAAAUAGAAAAAAUAAUGAAUAUUAAAAUUGGAGUAGUAAAAGAGUGUCAUUCAAGUGUAGAUACAUACAUAAUAGCAUUUGAUGGAAAAGACUAUACAUUAGUGGCUGGAGAUUUAUUUGAAAAUGAAGAUGAUAUAUGGAAUAGUGAAUAUUGGUAUUCUCAAUCCAAAAAUAUAUACAACCAAAAAUUAAUAAGAUAUUUACUAUCAAAGAAAGUUAAUUUUAUUAUUCCAGGACAUGGUAAAUUAUUUAAAUUGACAGAGAAACAUAAACAUAAAUUAUAUAAUGAUGCUUUCGGAGAUAGUGAUCUAAUAAAAAUAUAUAAUAUUAUUGAUAAUAAGUACCAAUGUUAUAUUGAAGGACCAGAUUACCAUGUAGUUAUUAAUGAUUGGAAAUUUGAAAAUGAUGAAGAGUACGAAAAAAUUACACAUUUUAUAGUUACUCAUAAUAAUUAUAAAUAUUUUGUUAAUAUAAAAAAAUAUUCAAAUGCAAAAAUAAUAAUGGAUAACGAUAUUGCAAUUAAAAAUUCCUAUUUUCCUAACGAAUUAAAUCAACAAUUUAAGAAUGAAAAAGAAUUAACUAUAGCUACUUCUAGUGAUGGUACCUUUUUUACUAUUGUUGAUUGA